ACCAGCUCAGUACAAGCAUAUCUUUAGCGCGAGUUAGAAAGGUUGUAUUAACAUAAAAGUAUAAUUUUAUUUAAUCCUACAGCCUUUUGGCUGUAAUUGUUAUAAUUAUAUUAGAUAUAUUUAUAUUUACUACGUGUUGCUUUUCUGUACGCUUUCCGGGGAAACGGUGAAAACUUGGAUAUAUGACAUCCGCUUAAGAUGUGGUUGACAGCACUCGUCAUUGUAUUUGUUAUUGGCCUAUUACUUUAUUGGGACACUAUAAAACCUAAAAAAUUUCCUCCUGGUCCAAAAUGGAUGCCAAUUGUAGGAAGUGCCAUAGAAGUAAACAAAAUGCGAGAAAAGACUGGGUAUCUCUACAAAAGUGUUAAACAGCUAGCAGCUAUUUAUUGUCAAGGCGAACCUCUAAUUGGUCUGAAAAUUGGUAAAGACCGAAUUGUAAUGGUUAAUACUGUAGAAGCAAACAAAGAAAUGCUUAAUAAUGAAGAUAUCGACGGGCGACCAAAAGGAAUCUUUUAUCAAACUAGAACUUGGGGUAAACGAAGAGGAGUUCUUCUCACAGACGGUGAACUAUGGAAAGAACAGAGAAGAUUUCUCUUAAAACAUUUAAGGGAAUUUGGUUUCGGUAGAAGAACAAUGAGCGAGAUAACAUUUUCUGAAGCAGGGCACAUGAUUAACGAUGUAUUGGAUUUAAUGAAAAAUAAUAAUUCUGCAGUCGUUAAAAAUAUGCACAGUUUUUUUAAUACUUAUAUUCUGAAUACCCUGUGGUCCAUGAUGGCUGGACUACGCUACAAGCCAAAUGAACCUGACAUGAUUUUGUUACAGAAUAUUUUGUUCGAAUUAUUUUCAGCAAUCGAUAUGGUUGGAUGUGUGUUUAGUCAUUUUCCAGUUUUAAGCCUGCUAGCACCAAAAUCGUCGGGAUACACAGAUUUUAUAAGAACACAUAAAAGAAUAUGGAAAUUUCUGCGCGAUGAAAUAACGAACCAUAAAUUACGGUUCAACCCUAAAAAUGAAGACAGAGAUUUCAUGGAUGCCUAUAUUAGAGUUUUAAAUGAUCAUGGGGAAGUGAAUACGUACUCCGAAGGCCAACUAGUGGCAAUUUGUAUGGAUAUGUUUAUGGCUGGGACGGAAACAACAAGUAAGAGCUUGAGUUUCUGUUUUAGUUACUUGGUUAGAGAACAAGAAGUUCAGCAAAAAGCUCAAGAAGAAAUAGAUACUGUUAUUGGUAAAAAUCGAAGACCAUGUCUUGAUGACCGCCCUAAUAUGCCUUAUAUCGAAGCCAUUGUGCAAGAGAGUAUUCGCCAUUUUAUGGGCAGAACUUUUGGAGUGCCUCAUAGAGCUUUACGAAACACUACCUUAGCUGGAUAUAAUAUACCUGAGGAUACAAUGGUGGUCAGCAAUUUUCCAAACAUUUUGAUGAAUCCGGAUCUUUUCUCGGAACCGUAUGGAUUCAAACCAGAAAGAUUUAUUGUUGACGGCAAGCUUAGUACACCGGACUACUUUUUCCCCUUCGGAAUUGCGAAACACAGAUGCUUAGGAGACGUAUUAGCUAAAUGUAAUAUGUUUAUCUUCAUAGCAACUAUGCUUCAGAGAUUCAAUUUCUUGCCAUGUCCAGGGGAAUCUCUACCGUCUUUGGACCAUGUUGAUGGUGCCACAGCGUCUGCGGCACCUUUCAACUGUUUGGUAGUAUCAAGAAUGUAAUUAAUUUAUGUUAUUACAAAAAUAUGUGAUUUUUAUUUUAUUCAGGAAGUUAGUCUGUAAGUAAGCACGAAAAUAAAGUUGUCGAAUUUUAUAUCCUUUAUACGAAACUGCCUUAUUGUCCUUAUGUAUGU